CGCUACUAGGAGACCAUUAGCACUGCUAGAAACCUACAUCAAGAGUCCAUGACAAUUUUAUCAAAAUUAAUUUAAUAACUUUUACUGAUAUAUGAACUGUAAAAAAAUAUUGGAGAGUAUCCACUAGAAAAUCUGAAGAUCCGUCAUCAAACGCUUAUCAAAUAACGUUAAUAUCUAAUCUGAAGAAAUAUGGAUCCUAGACACAGGCAGAUUCUUCAAACAAACCUUCCGUAUCUUCUUGCAAACAUCAAACUGACAUCGACCUUCUAUGCAGAAGCAAGGAACCUUGAGCUCCUUUCCUACGACAUGAUAGAUGCGAUAGAGACGAGCCGAGACCCAAGUGCCCGCGCAACUGCACUGUUAGAUAUGCUUCAACGCCCUAAUACGUUCUACGCCUUACUAAAAGCCCUUGAGCGUUCUGGGCAGAAGCACCUCGUGAGGCGCCUGAAGAAUGAUGACGAUGAUUUCAUGAAAGACAAGGCCAUUCAGGUUCCUGAGAAUCCACCGUCCAAUGUAGUAAAAACAUUGAAGAAACACAAACUCCUCAGAAAAUACCACGAGAGGGAUAUUUUUGAACUGGCGAGAUCCUUAGAUCCAGUAAUAAACGCCGCCAAGGCAACCCUAAGUGCGACCAUAGCUGAUUUGGAAGACGAAAUCCGUGAAUUAAAACGUGUUAUCCCCGCAGAAAAAGCAGACGACACAACCGCUAAAAUGUCUCUGAGAAGGAGAAUAUAUGGAAAGAUCGGAGAUAAUUAUAAAAAUGAUACUUGGAUGUUGGCCGCAACUAAUAUUCAAAUUGAUAUGCUGAAUAAGAGACUAGGAGAUGAAAUAAUAAAUGACAACGACCCAACAUACAAAGAAAUAGAGAAAACGAUAGACUUGUACAUGUACCAAGAACUUGAUCACCACUCAAAGCGUCUGGAAUCACUGACAUUAAACAUUAACUAUCUUUUGAAUAAAAUGGAACAAUCAAAUCAAACGAAGAUGGUUAUUCAAACAAAUAACAAAGUAUUAGCCCAAGAGCAGUCAAAAAUAGGGAAACUACUUGAAAGCUAUACCGGAGAGAAUUUCAUUAAGAGUAAAGAUCUUGGUGAGAUUCUUCAAAAAGUUAUCCAUGAUGCUGAAAAGUAUAAACAAGAAAAUAAAACACUGCGAAGAAGGACUAUAGAUGCAGAAUACGAAACUAGGGUCAAUCGCGAGGCAUACAGUAGUCUCUCUGCAACACUUCAAAAAGUGCAACAGAAUUAUGAUACGCUGAGGCAAGAAAUGCUGUCUCUGAGUAAGCCCCCGCCGGAAGACCGCUCUGGUCGUGUAUCACCAAACUCAAGGAUGCGCAUGGCAAGAUCACCAUUUCCGGCAAUACCAGAAGAUAAUGACGUUCAAUCCGAUACGAACGAAGAUAAUGACAAUGAAAGGACGAAUUCACCCGAACGCUUAAAUACUCCAUUGUCAGCAAAAAGUGAACCGAUUUAUUCACCCUUACAAAAGCAGGAAUACCGGAGAAAACCAAAAGAAAGAAUGUGCCAUACAUCUCCUUACAAUACACCAAGGAAUACGCCAUCACCCGUGGAAAACCCACACAGGCAUACACUUUUCUUGCCUCCGAUUUAA